AUGGCAGGCGCUGGUGAGCGCAAAAGCAAGAAGGAUGACAAUGGCAUCGGCACGGCCAUUGAUUUUGUCCUCUCCAAUGCCCGGCUGGUGCUGGGGGUGGGUGGAGCAGCCAUGCUGGGCAUUGCUACACUGGCAGUUAAGCGGAUGUAUGACAGGGCGAUCAGCGCCCCUACCAGCCCCACGCGCCUGAGCCAUUCUGGGAAAAGGAGCUGGGAAGAACCAAACUGGAUGGGCUCCCCACGUCUGCUCAACAAGGACAUGAAGACAGGCCUGAGCAGGUCCCUGCAGACCCUCCCCACCGGCUCCUCGGCCUUUGACACAGAUACGUUCUGCCCGCCCCGGCCCAAGCCAUUGGCCAGGAAGGGCCAGGUAGACUUGAAGAAGUCACGACUCCGCAUGUCCCUGCAGGAGAAACUUCUCACUUACUACCGGAACCGGGCAGCCAUUCCUGCCGGCGAGCAGGCUCGGGCCAAGCAAGCUGCUGUGGACAUAUGUGCUGAGCUCCGGAGCUUCCUGCGGGCCAAGCUGCCUGACAUGCCUCUUCGGGACAUGUACCUGAGUGGCAGCCUCUAUGACGACUUGCAGGUGGUGACAGCCGACCACAUCCAACUCAUUGUGCCCCUUGUGCUGGAGCAGAACCUGUGGUCGUGUGUCCCCGGAGAGGACACCAUCAUGAACGUCCCUGGCUUCUUCCUAGUUCGCCGUGAGAACCCAGAGUAUUUUCCUCGUGGUAGCAGUUACUGGGACCGCUGUGUGGUUGGGGGCUACCUCUCUCCCAAGACGGUGGCAGACACAUUUGAGAAGGUAGUGGCUGGCUCCAUCAACUGGCCAGCCAUCGGGUCCCUCUUGGACUAUGUGAUUCGACCAGCGCCACCCCCAGGGGCCCUGACUCUGGAGGUGCAGUAUGAGCGUGACAAGCAUCUCGUCAUUGACUUCCUGCCAUCAGUGGCCCUUGGUGACACUGUCUUGGUGGCCAAACCACACCGGCUAGCCCAGUACGACAACCUGUGGCGGCUGAGCCUGCGUCCUGCCGAGACGGCGCGCCUGCGGGCUCUGGACCAGGCCGACUCGGGCUGUCGCUCUCUGUGCCUCAAGAUCCUCAAGGCCAUAUGCAAGUCCACUCCGGCUCUGGGCCACCUCACUGCCAGCCAGCUCACCAACGUCAUCCUCCACCUGGCCCAGGAGGAGGCUGACUGGUCUCCAGACAUGCUGGCCGACCGAUUCCUGCAGGCCUUGAGGGGACUCAUCAGCUACUUAGAGGCCGGAGUUCUGCCCAGUGCCCUAAACCCCAAGGUGAACUUAUUUGCAGAGCUCACCCCUGAAGAAGUAGACGAGUUGGGAUACACUCUCUAUUGCUCAUUGUCUGAGCCAGAGGUGCUGCUGCAGACCUAGGGCAGGUGAAGGCCCAAGUGGGCGUCAGGGGGUCAGGCCCUGGGUUCUCCGUUAGAAACACUCGGCUACAUCGUUGGUGCCUCACAGGGUCCCUCGGUGCCUCCUGUCUUACUGGUCAUCGCCCUGGUCGUUUCAUGCUGGUUAGAAUGUCAUCUCUGUUCUCUUUUCUCACAACCCUUUCUAUUUUUGUUACCAAACCCUGUGCUCCCUCCUCCUCCCCUCCCCCGCCUCCUCCAGGUUCAUUUUUCUUGAAUGAAUUGAGAAGGUGGAGCCUGGCCUGAGCUGCCGAGGCCACUUGGUGUUGGCAUUUUGGCCCAGGUCUGCCCCUCUCCGGUGUCCUCUCUGUCUCUUCCUCCUGUUCGUACCUUCUGUUUUGCUCUUUUUCCUGAGCACAGCCACCUAAUCAAGAUGUUGCCUUUUAGUUGACUGUCCCUGAAGUUGUGAUUGCCUGUUUCAAACUGAACUCUGCAGAGAGUGUUCAGACAGUAUUUAGGGUUUCUGGGGGUAAAGCUGGUGGAAAAGCUGGCCUUUGACCCAGGUUCCUGGAAAAGAAGCCCAUUCCCCCCACCUCUUGACCAACUUAUGUCCGUUAGUGCUGAGACGUUCUCCUGGGAACACUGUUGUUGGCGCCCACGGGCGUGAGGGCUCAGGACGAGCUGAGGUAAAGUUCUUGAGAUCGUGUCUCUCCGAGGCCAUCCGCAAGAGCGCCGAGCGGGAGAAAGGGGCCUGGAGAGGGUCUGUGUGCCUCAUGUCUGCGCCUCAUCUGGCUGGUGCCGCCCAGCACCGGGUGGGUGACAAAGACCGGGAGGGAAGGGGCUGUUGCUUGCCCCCUUCUUGCCUUAUUGCCAAUAGGGACGAGGCCUUCAAGGACGCAGUCAGUGCUAGAGGUUGACAGGCCGCUGAACACUGGGGCUCAGUGACCUUGUUUCUCCCCUGUCAGGCCCUGCCUUUCUAGGAUGUCGCCUUAGAGCAAGAACAGGCCCAACAGCAGCCCUUCGCUCCCCAGUGAGAGGGGUGUUUGCUGAACUCCGCAGGCACCGCCAGAGGCCAGAGGGCAGGCAGGCACGCGCGGACCUCUUCCCCGGCCUGCCGCUUGCCCAGCACCUGGGGAGAUCCGCGCCCUCUAGGAAGAGGGCAGAAGGCUGUGACAGGGAGGUGGGUCCUUCCUGCAUUCCUUCUUGUUUCCCGCUGCUAAAAUUGCACUAUUUAUUGCAAUGUAAAAAGUAUCCUGGGGGUGGGGAGGAGUGUUUAAUACACAUUGUCAGUACA